CUCCUCUCUCAGAACCAACCAACAGGCCGACCAAGCUCAAUUAGCUCAGACUACCCAGCUACCGCCUGUCCGCUCUCAGCUCCUUCGACCCUGAUAUCGAUACUACACAUGGCGAAGGUUCACCCCAACAUGGCGCCCGCGCCGGGCGCCGUCGACGAGGCGCCGUGCGCGCCGGCCAGCUCCGCGGAGGGGCCCACGACGCUGACGGUGUGGCGCAAGUCGCUGCUAUUCGACUGCAAGGGGUUCACGGUGUUCGACGCCAAGGGCAACCUGGCCUACCGCGUCGACAGCUACGCCUCCGAGAGCGGCGACGAGGUCGUCCUCAUGGACGCGGCCGGCCGCCCCAACUUCACCGUCCGCCGUAAGCGGUUCAGCCUGCAGGGCGAGCAGUGGUUGGUGUUCGCCGGCGAGGAGACGCGGCGGCCCGUGUACACAGUCAGGCGCAGCGGCCGCGGCAAGACGUUGGCGCACGUGACGGCGUGCGCGGGCGCGGGCGCCGGAGCCGGGCCGUCGUACGAGGUGGAGGGGUCCUACGCGCGGCGGAGCUGCGUGGUGUACGACGGAGAGCGGCGCGCGGUGGCGGAGAUCAGGCCGAAGGAGGUUGUCGGGACUGAUGUUUUCCGGCUAGUGGUGCAGCCCGGAGUCGGCGUGUCGCUCGCCAUGGCCGUGGUGGUGGCGCUCGAGCAGAUGUUCGCCAGGCCGUCGCUGCUCAGGAGCUGGUCCACCGUAGAUUAGUUAAUUAUAAUUCGUUUGUUAUUACGUCUCGAUUUAGUCAAGCUAGCCUUUUUUUGCCCCUUGCGCUUAGUUUGGGGUUAGGUUGGAGUACAAAUUGUGAUGGCGAGAGUCGAUCGCUCGAUGUGUGUGGGCAUGAGAGCAAGCCGAUCUGUUCGAUGAUGCUCCCCAAAAUUAUGAGGUUUUUCUUGGCCAAUGGAGGCCUUGUCUCCCCCUACUGCGUUUC